GUCACAGGGCUGGAAACCCGCGGGAGGGGCGGCCGGUGGCCAUAGGCCGCGUCGCGCAGGGCGGGAGGGGCCCGCAUCCUAACCUGCCCGUGGACUUUGCCAGUCCCGCUACGCGCCAGGCCGGAUCCUAACCAGGCUCUCGCGCAGCCACCAGCCGGGCCUUCGGCGGCCUCUCCUGGCUCCGCGCGCCGGACCACACGCGGGGGACAGCAGAGGCGGCCUUGCAGGCGUUAGGGGGCAGGAUUGGCGCGGAUCCUUGGUUUUCCUAGUCUUCAACCACCUAAGGCGGGGCUUGCCGCUUGGAAUCCGAGAAUGAAUUACACACGGUUCAUCACGGCUGCGAGCGCGGCCAGGAAGCCUUCUGCCAUUCGAGUCAUGACUGAGCUACUGGGCAAGUCAUCGAAAUCUGUCCUCUCCCUGGCGACUGGAGCACCAAACCCCAACACGUUCCCUUUCAAGACCGCGGUUAUCACCACAGACAACAAAGAGACCAUCCAAUUUGAUGAAGAGAUGAUGAAGAGAGCACUGCAGUAUUCGCAGAGUGCUGGACUCCCAGAGCUGUUAUCCUGGCUGAAACAGUUACAAGUAAAAUUGCAUAAUCCUCCCACCAUCCAUUAUCCACCCAGCCAAGGACAAAUGGACAUGUGUGUCACAUGUGGCAGCCAAGAAGGUCUCUGUAAGGUAUUUGAAAUGAUCAUUAAUCCUGGAGAUAAUAUCCUCGUAAAUGAACCUAUUUAUUCAGGAACAAUUCAUGCUGUGCAGCCUCUGGGCUGCAACAUGAUUAACAUUUCCAGUGAUGAGCACGGGAUUAUUCCAGACUCCCUCAGAGAAAUACUUUCCAGAUGGAAACCAGAAGAUUCAAAGAACCCCGAGAAAAACACCCCCAAAUUUCUUUAUACUGUCCCAAAUGGCAACAACCCUGCCGGGAACUCAUUAACAACUAACCGCAAAAAGGAAAUCUAUGAGCUCGCAAGAAAAUAUGACUUCCUCAUCAUAGAAGACGAUCCUUACUAUUUUAUGCAGUUCAACAAGCCCUGGGCACCGACUUUUCUCUCCAUGGACAUUGAUGGGCGUGUCAUCCGAGCUGACUCCUUUUCCAAAGUCCUGUCCUCUGGGUUGCGAAUAGGGUUUAUAACUGGUCCAAAGCCCUUGAUCGAGAGAAUUGUUUUACACAUACAAGUUUCAACAAUGCAUCCCAGCACUUUUGCCCAGCUCCUGGUAUCACAGCUUCUGUACCAAUGGGGAGAAGAAGGCUUCCUGGCUCAUGUAGACAGGGUUAUUGAUUUCUAUAGAAAGCAAAGGGAUGCAUUAUUGGCAGCUGCAGACAAGUGGUUAAGUGGUUUGGCAGAAUGGCAUGUUCCUACUGCUGGAAUGUUUUUAUGGGUUAAAAUUAAGGGCCUUCAUGAUGUAAGAAAACUGAUCGAAGAGAAAGCCUUUAAGAAAGAGAUAUACACCCAGGAGUGGAUUACUGGAUCAUAUGGUAGCUCUAUUUUUAGAUUUUUAGGAACCUCAAUAUUGUUUUCAAAAAUGGCUGCACCAAUUUGCACUCCCACCAACAGUGGAGGAGGGUUCCCUAUUCUCCACAUCCUCGCCAACACUGGUUAUUUGUGUUCUUUUUGUUAAUAGCUAUAUUUACAGGUGUGAGGUGAUAUCUCAUUGUGGUUUUGAUUUGCAUUUCCCUGUCGAUUAGUGAUGUUUAGCAUCUUUUCAUGUACCUGUUGUUCAUCUGCAUUUCUUCUCUGGAAAAACAUCUAUUCAGGUCUUCUGCCCAUUUUUUAGUCUGGGUUUUUUUUUUUAAUAAUGCUCUGCAAUUAUGUUACAUGAUUAAAAUUACACAGAAAAGUUUAUAUACUGUUUUUUUCACUUAAAAUUAGCCUGCAAGGAUUUCUUCUAGGUUUUUUUUCCUCCUUUUGUACUUAAAUCAUAAGUCUACUUAGAUUUCAUUCAGAGGCACUAAUUAAGCUGAGACAUCUAAAUAUGCUUCUGUGUAGCUUUCCAAUUUACAAAAUCAAUCAACCGUUCUCCAUUAAUUAAUUCCUUUAUCAUGUUUGUCACUCUUUUGUAAACACCAAGAUCAGUUUCUAGUAUCACUUUUGUCUUGAGGCAGUGAGUACAAAUAACAGAUCGUGUUGUUGUUGGCAAACUCCUGUGCUAGAGCAUAAGAGACAGUCUAGAGGUCAGAGCUGGGAACUGGCUGCCUGGACCCGAGAGCCAAUGCACUCCCCUGGGAAAGUCACUCAUUCCCUGUAAUCAUCGUACUUGACCGCAGGACUCAUGCUUUAUGAAUUGUUUUAACGUUAAUAACAGCACACAGAAAGUGCUUAAUAAAUACUUAAAUGAC